GGAACCUAGCUGACUGACCUGCCUGCCUGCGGCCAUGAAGACAUACAUUGCUGCCAUCCUGCUGGUGCUUUCCCUCGCCGGGCGCCUCUCCGCCGCAGCCGCCGACGCCGACGACAAGGUGGACGCCGUUAUCCGUCUCCCGAGCCACGGUCCAGGGGUCGCUGGCUCGGGUGGAGCGACGGCGGCCGUGAAGGAUUUUGGGCGGCCGAGCUGCUGCGACCGGGAGCGGUGCGGCGGGACCCUGCGGGUCUGUCACUGCGAUGAUAUGUUCGACCGCAAGUGCCCCGCCACCUGCGCGGAGUGCGUGUCCUUGGGCCCAUCCCACCACUACUGCGGCGACAGUUACCUUGCUGGCCCCGUGCCCAGGUGCACCAAGGUUGACCGCAACGGCGACAUCUCCGGCGGUACGCCCGGCCGCAGCAUUGCACCAGGUGAUGGUGAGUCCAAUAAAUUGAGCCGGCCGUUGGACAAGUGGACAGAGUGAGUCGCUGUGCCAGCGUUUGUUCACCUGUUGUGGUCGCUCUUCCCCCCCUUUCUUUCUUUGUUUCUUUCUUUCUUUCUUUCUUCCGGGAUGUUGCUGUAACGCUAGUUUAAUUGCACCGAUGAAUAAGAUGA